AUGUCGACCGGCUAUUCAUUGUCACGGCAAUGUUACCGAAGCCUUUACUCCAUAUCGCGAUUCUACGGUGAGAAGUCGUUCAUAAGUCGGAAGCCGUCACGCCUUCGAGUUCCACGGCGAUAUCAUUCGAUCUCUGCCGCGGAGCUCCAAUUCGGCCAGCCGGUCCAUGAAACGCACCCUCAUAUACUAGCGGCAGGUGAACUUACCCCCGGUAUUACUGCCCUUGAAUAUGCGCACCGGCGCGCGAAGCUUGCGGCCAAGCUACCAAAGAACGCUGUGGCGAUUGUAAAGGCCGCGGAAGUGAAAUAUAAAUCGAAGAGUGUCUUCUACGAAUACCAUCAGGACUCGGACUUUUUCUAUCUAACCGGGUUCAAUGAACCCGGUGCUAUGGUAGUCAUUGCGAAAAACGAGUCCAACGAUGAUUUUACCUUUCAUCUGUAUGUCAGGGAGAAAGACCCUCAAUCCGAACUUUGGCAAGGCGCUAGAUCUGGAACGCAAGCUGCGCUAGAUGUUUUUAAUGCAGACGAGACUGGUGAUAUCGAUCGUAUCAAAAACAUCCUUCCAAGCAUCGUUGCGGACGCGUCCGAGAUUUAUACCGACAUCCAGAGUCUGACCUCCACGAAGUCUGCCAUGUCGCGUUUCUUUUCUAGUAUACAAAAAGAUCCGGAUGCGUCGAGUAAGGCGACGGCAUUUUCGAGAAUUAAACCAUUACGUCCCUUGCUAAGCGAACUUCGAGUCUUCAAAAGUGAUGCUGAGGUCGCCAAUAUGAGAAUUGCGGGACAAGCAUCAGGAAGAGCUUUUACAGAAGCUAUGAAGCAUAACUUCUCAACUGAAAAGGAUUUGUAUGCUUUUUUGGAAUAUCAGUUUAAAGUUAAAGGGUGUGAUAAGCCUGCCUUUGUGCCUGUUAUCGCGGGAGGUCGGUCUUAUGGUGGUUAUAUUUCAGACAUUACGCGCACGUGGCCAAUAUCUGGCAAAUUUACUCCCGCCCAAAAAGAUCUAUAUACAGCUGUUCUGAAUGUGCAACGUGAAUGUGUUGCGCUGUGUCGCGAAUCCGAGAAGACGUCCUUAGACGACAUCCAUGGAUUCGCCGAGCGUGGACUUCGGCAGCAACUUGCAAGCCUAGGAUUUGAUUUCUCUCGCCAAUCAAUCCGAACUCUGUUCCCUCACCAUGUCGGCCACUACAUUGGUCUAGAUGUGCAUGACACUGGUGAUUAUUCAAGAAGGCACAACUUUUUAAAAGGCCAGUGUGUUACAGUUGAACCAGGUGUAUACGUCCCGGACGAUGAAAGAUGGCCUGAGCACUUUAGAGGGAUCGGUAUCCGAAUUGAAGACAGCGUUUGUGUUGGCGAAGAUAGCCCAUUAGUUCUCACAACUGAAGCCGUUAAAGAAAUCGAUGACAUCGAAGCUCUUCGGUAA